AUGUCGCCCGUUACUAAGGAGCUGAUUGCCCGUGUGCGGCAGAUGAUUCCGCCCAUGCUCGGGAGCUUUCAUAAAGGACAACUUGGACGUGUAGGCGUCAUCGGUGGAAGUGAGGACUACACUGGCGCGCCGUACUUUUCGGCUAUGGCGAGUGCCAGGUUGGGUUGUGAUAUGUCCCAUGUCAUCUGCACCCCGACCGCGGCAACAGUAAUAAAGUCAUAUUCCCCCAACCUCAUGGUCCACCCGCUCAUGCGCUCCUCGCCCACCUCCCCCUCGGCCCCGGUCACCUCGGGCGACCCCAAUUCGCCCGACACCGACGCCCGCCAGAUCGCCGCCCGCAUCAUCCCGCUCCUUGACCGGCUCCACGUACUGGUCAUCGGCCCCGGCCUCGGCCGCGACCCGCUGAUGCAAGACACGUGCGCGCUCGUCAUCCGCGCCGCUCGCGACAAAGGCAUGCCGAUGGUGCUGGACGCCGACGCGCUGAUGCUGGUGCAGCGGGAUCCGGAGCUAGUGCGCGGGUACGGCCUGGCGGUGCUGACGCCCAACGUGGUCGAGUUUGGACGGCUUACCCAAGCGCUGGGCGUGGACGAGCAAGUGAAAGCUGCGAAGGAGCAGGCCGGUGAGACGGCCAAGGUGGAAGCGCUCGCGCGGGCGCUGGGUGGGGUCAUGAUUGUGCAGAAGGGGCAGAAGGACCAUUUGAGCGAUGGGAAGGUGACGUUUACGGUGGAUCUGGAGGGCGGCAGGAAGAGGAGCGGCGGGCAGGGAGAUACGUUGACGGGGAGCAUUGCUACGUUUCUCGGGUGGCGGAGGGCGUAUCUAGAUAGGAUUUGGGAGACGGGGGACAAGUUGAAGGAAGAGGAGCUCGUUGGACUCGCUGUGUUUGGCGGCAGCGCAAUUACGCGGGAGUGCUCGCGCCUGGCGUUUGCUAAGAGAGGCCGCAGCCUGCAGGCGAGCGAUCUCACGGAGGAGGUGCAUACGGCCUUCCUCAACAUCUUUGGGGAGGUCGAAGAAGACGGUAGUGGCGCGAGGCUCUGA